GAUGAAGAACGAUUUAAAAAAAACCUGAAUGUCACUUUGAUCGAUUUUGACAUUUCAUUCGCUGGUGGUUUUCACAAAAAUCGCAGUUUUUUACAACUUUCCCCUGGCAUGUAUUGCGAGUUAAACGAUAUUAAUUUGAACUGAAACAAGAAGUUGGAAAAUACUUGACUCGUUCUAAAAGAUAACCGCAGCUUAAGAAUGAGUAAUUUGCAGCGAGUUUUCCGUUAGUUCUUUGGAUAUACGAACUCUUAUUUUGGCAACAUGGAACCAAGUGUAGACGUUGUUGAACUAAUAUCCAAUUUAUUGGACACGGGCAAAUACAAGGAAGCUCUUAGUGUACCUAAUGAACAGAAACAUAAAGAUAGUUUUAAGGACAACUGUUGGGACUUAAUUUCUGUAAUAGUAGGCAAACUCCAAGAUGAUACUAUCAUAGUGAAGCCAUCACUUCAUGGUGCCUGUGAACAACUAUUAGCACUUAUAGUUGAAGCCUCAACACCCGAAGAAGCGCUGCUGGAGUUAAUUGAACAAGUAGAAGUAGCCAAAAAUGAUGCCCAGUUUGGUGUAAUCUUAGUUCCACUUCAGCAAUUAUUGAAGAAGUUAUCAGUGAAACGAGGAAGAUCUUUGGAAUGGUGUUUGAACUCAAUAAGCACAUAUAUUGAGAACAUUCCAAUCCCUGAACACCAUUUGGAAGAUAAAGAACGCUUGCUCAUGGACUGUGACACAAACAUUAGGAGAAUUGCUAAGGUUUAUUCAAUGCUCCCACCUUUCUACCGUCCUUUUAUUAAAGAGCUAGAACAGUCUCAUUUUAAUAUGAAAGCAAAACAAAUUAUAAAUGCAUUUCUUGUAAGUCUUCUUGGAAAACCAUUGAUUAACAUCGAUCUGGACCCUGAUAACAAUGCAAUGAGUGAAGCAAGGCAAUGUUGCAGCAUGAUCAUUCAAGAUAUAUGCACACUGGAGAAGAACAUAUUCAGAGUGAUAGAAUACAUUAACAUCUGUCAUAAAGAAAACCAGAAAUCUGUUAAAAAAGCAAAUGCCAGUAAUGAUGAUGAGAUUGCCCCUUAUGAGCACAGAGAGAAAAUAAACAUGACCACUUUGGCUGGAUUAGCAUACACCCUAUUUUCUGGUCACUUUGAAGUUCCUGAUGCUAAUAUUCCUCAAGUCUACAGCGCAGAGUACACAGUCCACACUGUAAUGUUGUCAGUGGUACAUCUGUUGAGUUUCACUGAAUAUGGGCUACUUGCCAAAGGGAUUGCACUGUGCAAUGCAAUUUUAAAGCAUCUGCCAGAUAAUGCACCACAAACUUUGUUAGCUUGUUCAGUACAUUUUGACUUGUGCAAGAAUUUAAUGAAUGUGGCAAUUUAUUCACAGUAUGAGCCACUACGCAAAGAGGCAGUAAAAUUGAUAGGUCUUCAUAUUAAUAAGUUUGUGUACAGUGGGAGGAUUAUGCUCAUUAAAUAUUUGAUAGAGACAGCAAAUCAUUCAGGCAUGAUUGGAUAUGCUAUUACAUUGUAUAAGAACUCUAUAGAUUUGUCACUGAAGGAUGCUACCUUAGACAAAUGUUUUACAGGAGCACAAUUUAUGAAUAUGAUUAAGAAAAUUUGUAAUCUACCACAUGGAGCAGAAUCAGACAUAGUCGAGUUGGCUGAUCAAAUAAUUACAUCACUUAAUUUCCUCCGAUACUUGGCUUUAAGAGAUUCAGAAAAUAAAACUGGAAUAAGAGAUUGCUUCCAAAUGAUAGAAUCCGAUUACUUGGAGAAAUUAAGAACUGGGCUGAACAUGUCUAAAGCUCACUAUGAGGAGAAGAUGAAAGAAAUUGAAGAAGGAAAAGGACUUGGGAAUGAUACAAAUAUAUCUGUAAAUGUUGGAGGAAAUGUCUUGGAUAAUAUACCUGUUGAAAACAAGAAAGAAAUUAUAAAUUCUGCAUUGAAUGCUUUUCAUCUGAUUGAGGGUUUAGUGGCUAGAUUGUCUGAAUGCAUAAAUAUUAACAAAAUGCAGGCUCUUACUAUGGAUUGUGAAUAGCUUAAUCUUUUUAUUAAUAAAUUUAUUUUUGCUUUA